CGCCCUCGGUGCGCGCACACACUCGAGCGCACACUCGAACGCGUCGUCGAACGCGCGCGGACGCGCGCUCGAUCGAUCGCGCGUCGUCGCGAACCGCGCGUCUCCGCGCGUCGCGAACGCGUCGACGAAGGCGAUGAAGAUCGCGUUUCUGGGAUGCGGGAUCAUGGGCGUGCCCAUGGCGAAGAACCUGUUGAACGCGGGACACGAGGUGAUCGUGUGGAAUCGCACGAGCGCGGCGACGGCGCCGGUGGUCGAGGCGGGCGCGCGCGAGGCGAAGAGCGCGAGCGAGGCGUGCGCGGCGGCGGAGGUGACGUUCGUCAUGGUGAGCACGCCGGAGGCGGCGCUGGCGGUGGCGCGCGCGGCGAAGGAUGGAUUGAGCGCUGGAAAGGGAUACGUGGACGUGUCCACGGUCGAUGCGAAGACGUCGAGCGAGAUUGCGGCGAUCGUGCGAUCGACGGGGGCGGAAUUUUUGGAGGCGCCGGUGAGCGGGUCGAAGAAACCCGCCGAGGACGGCGCGCUCAUCUUUUUGUGCGCCGGGGAUGAAGCGCUGUACGGAAGGUGCCAGGCGCCGCUGGAAACCAUGGGCAAAGCGCAUUUCUUCCUGGGCGAAGUCGGUCAAGGGGCGAAGAUGAAGCUCGUGGUGAACAUGAUCAUGGGAAGCAUGAUGGGCGCCUUCGCCGAAGGCUUGACGCUUUCGGAAAAGUGCGACUUGGAUCCGGACACUUUGCUUCAAGUGAUCUCUUUGGGCGCCAUCGCGUCGCCGAUGUUCGCUCUCAAAGGUCCGUCGAUGAACGCCGGGAAAUUCGCUCCGGCGUUCCCGCUCAAGCACCAGCAAAAGGAUAUGCGAUUGGCCAUCGCGUUGGCCGACGAGCUCGCCCAAGAGAUGCCCGUCGCCGCCGCGGCGAACGAGUUGUACAAGCGCGCGAGACGCGAUGGAUGCGACGACGAAGAUUUCUCCGCCGUGUUGAAGGCGGUGAAGAAGUAAUACCCCUCCUUAACGUACGUAAUUGAUUAAUAAAAUCCCAUUCAUAUGAGAAA